AUGGAUCCGAACCCUAGAGCUCCCCUUCUCCUCGCCGUCAUCGUCCUCGCGCUCGGCGCAUCCGUGGCGGCGGGCGCCGAGGACGACGCGUCGGGGAUCUCUCUGGGCCGGCGCGCUGGGGGCUUCUUGCACGGCCUGAAGAAGAAGGACGCACUGGUGGAGGGCGAUCAUGGGGUGGCCCUUGACGAGGUUGGACCGGGGCUGUUCGAUGCGCUCUUCGCCAGCCUCUCCAUGAUACUAGUCAGUGAGAUUGGAGAUGAGACCUUUAUCAUUGCUGCGCUGAUGGCGAUGCGGCACCCCAAGUCAAUUGUGUUGUCUGGUGCACUAUCUGCACUUUACGUGAUGACGGUAUUAUCAACUGGACUUGGUAGAAUAGUGCCCAACUUGAUAUCAAGGAAGCACACUAAUAGUGCUGCUACAGUUUUGUACUUGUUCUUUGGACUACGGUUGCUGUAUAUUGCUUGGAAAUCUGACCCAAAGGGAUCCCAGAAGAAGGAAAUGGAAGAAGUAGAAGAGAAGCUUGAGUCUGGUCAAGGAAAAUCAACCAUCCGUAGGUUCUUUGCAAGAUUUUGUACACCAAUCUUUUUGGAGGCUUUCAUCUUAACCUUCUUAGCUGAAUGGGGUGACCGAAGCCAAAUAGCAACAAUUGCGCUGGCAACACACAAGAAUGCAAUUGGAGUUGCAGUCGGAGCAUCAUUGGGGCACACAGUGUGCACAUCUCUUGCUGUGGUAGGAGGGAGCAUGUUGGCAUCAAAGAUUUCGCAGCAAACAGUAGCAACAAUUGGAGGUGUUCUCUUCUUAGGGUUUUCUGUUUCAUCCUACUUCUACCCUCCGUUGUGA